GCACAAGCUACACUUCCAUACAUACCAGUGUGUUUUGCCUAUCAUUCCACAGUCACAAGGAGAUAAGAGAGCCUUCCAGGUGGAUAUAUAUACCUCUUACGCCAGGGAUAUGGCCAUCCCUCUCGUAUGGCUGUCUCAGCAGCUCAUACCCCCGCUUUUGCUCACCUACUUCUUUAUCUCAUGGAAAGUAGCUACAUUCGAGCUGGCUCCAUCCCUAUCUCUGGAUGUACUGGCAUGGAGUCAACCAGAUAGCGGGAAUAUCAGUACCUUUACAAAUGGUAUAAAGAGGAUUAUCGCCUACAACAUUCUUUUCAGCCUCCAUAUCCUACCGACUCUUCUAAUCGGCUUUAUUUCUGCUUUAUACCUUCGCCUAUACUUUUUGCCACGCUCGCAAUCUGUCCCACCUUAUGAUCCUCCAUUCGAGGUACUAGACAAGCAAGUCAUGUUUGCUUGCCUUUUUCCUAGGUCAGCUUCAAGAUCAAGGUCGCAUUUAGAGCUAGAGUCAGAGUUUGGCGAUGUUUUGUUGAUCACCGAGCAAGAACCGAUAGUGGAAAGAUGCUAUAAAGGAAGGUGUGGAGGUAGAUGGAAGCCUGCCAGGACAAGGCAUUGUACGCAAUGCGGCGUGUGCAGAGCUGGCUUUGACCACCACUGCCCAUUUUUUGCAAACUGUCUUACCGCACCAUACAUCCCCACUUUCCUCGCUGUCCUCCUAUAUACGCCCCCCACCGUCCUCAUUCUCUCCUUCCCCCUCCUAUCCCCCCUUCUCCACCGCUUUAUUGCGGCUUAUUCCCAAGCAUGUGACUCUUCCGAGAUAAUAGCUUAUUGGUGGAACUGGAAAUGGAGCUGGGUCGUCGCAGGUGGCCCUGUAGGCAGGUUUGCAGGCGGUAUCAUUCUCGGGUGGAGAGAGCUUGAUAGACAAGAUGGUGGAGGGCUAUAUAGAUUGGCUGUCGGGCUGUUAGUCGCUUUCGGCUUUAUUCUGUCUGGGAUCACCGCGAGUCUAGCAUAUUCGACUAUCCGUAUCCUUCGGGACGGUGACUUUACCAUCGACCGCGAACGAUCUAGCGCCCACAGACGUAUCCUCUCCACCAUCAAAGGCCUCCCUCGGGAACAACCUAUCCCGGAUAAACUACGACAAAACCUUGCCCGAUUUUCAGACCGUCCAGCAUUUUACCUGCCUCCCAGGGAUAUAGAUCGAAUUUGUCCAGGUCAAGGUCAAGAUCGGAAGUGGGAUUGCCAUGGGAGGAAAAAUCCUAAGGGGUAUGUCGUCCAGCUCAAUGACAAAGCGAGGCCGUAUGAUCAUGGACCUAGAAUGAAUACGCAAUUGGUCUUGGGAACACCAUGGGGUGAGGGAUGGAGCUGGUUGUUGCCUUGGAGAGCAAUCCGGCCGGGUAUAGAGUAUGAUGGGGGGGAAAGAUGUUUAUUCAACUGGCCGGUGGCGGAAGGGGUCAGGCAAGAGAUAGAAGGGGCUAUUGGAUCGGGUAUUCUGAAUAGACUGUCAGAGGGAGACCAUCUAAACUGUAGAUGAGAUGUUUAUGCUGCUGUGAAUAGGACAUGCAUGUAGAUUUUGAGCGAAGCCGU